GUGCUCAAAGCCCCGCCUCGCUGCCGAGUGGCCAGUUCACUUUUGUGUGGCGAGCGGCAGCGUUUAUGGCAUCAGCUUCGCAGCACGGUGAAGCGGAUAUUGAUUCGGACGAGAAGGAUCAAGAAAUCCAGUCGGUGAUUGUCAUGUCCAAAAACGAGACGCCAAAUGAUGGAUGGUCGCAGCAGGAUACAGAUCUCUUACUAGAUCGGAUGGCAGCCUGCUUACCCGCUGAUGUUGAAAAACUCCGGUAUCAGACCUCUCUGUCCAGAUUGGACUGGGAAAUUGUCAAGUUUGGCCCGUACAAUGCUGUACAGUGUAAAGAAAAAUGGGGAGAAAUAUCUGGAAAGAUUUGUUUGCAUCGUACCUUCCGUGAGAUCGUCAGGGACACUGAACGUCUGGUGAAGUGCGAUGGAGAGAUUAAGCAGUGUGAAACUCGUAAAAGGCGUGCAAAGGCUCUAAAAGAAAAUACUGAGAUCUUGGAUUUGAUUGGUGACAUUGGAGGUGCUCAAUCACCACCCACGACUGCAUUUAAUCUGUGGUGUGAGAAAUCCAAGAUUACUCUUCUGGUGGAGAAACCAUCUAUGUCUGAACGUGUGUUAAAAAAGACCCUUUCAGAGAAGUGGACAAAAUUGCCAGAUGAUCAAAAAUUGCGCUGGGUAAAUAAAGCUUUGAAGAUUCAGCAAAGCACGUGUGUGGAGAACAAAGUCAAGGCUUCAGGCAAAAAAAGUGAUGUCCAUUUCACGUUUAUAAACGAAAUGUUCCAAGCCAUUCAGGAUAACGGUCUCAAUUCAGAUCUCCCGAAACGGGAUAUAGUACGCAUGAUUUUAAAAACCUGGAAAGAGAUGCCAUUGGAAGUUAAGAGAAAAUACUGCCCUGAUUACAAGAUUGAUGAAAAGCAUUUUUGGGAAGCAGUGCCAGAGGUACCCCCUUCUGCAAAGGAGCUGUACAUCCAGAAAAAGCUGCCUCUGCUAAUGCGCAAGAAUCGGGCAAACCAGACCAAAGCUUGGAGCAUUGCGGAGGACAAGUGGCAGACGCUUUCAGACAAGAGUAAACGUGUUUACAAAGCAAAAGCAAAGGCGAAGAAACGGAUUUAUGAGAAUGAGCUGAAAAAUAAUACCUCUCUACGAGAGCUCUCAAUGCGAAGAAAACGUGCACCCUCAAGCUUCUCCAUGUAUACCAAGAUGUCUGCAGACAUUAUGCCGGACUCUUUGGGAAAUAAAAAAAUGUAUGUAUUGAGGAACCUGUGGAGCGACGAAAAGCAAAAAGCAGAUUACAUCAAAGCUUCACACGCUGCCAAAGUCGACCAACAAGCCAUAGAACGUCUUGCCCUGCAGAUAUUGCCCCACAGAGAACGCGUUGCACUUGAAACCAUGUGGGAGAUGAGAAGAAAAAGAAAAUAUGUGGACUCCAGCAAGAAAAAGAAGUGCACAAUCGAGACUGAAAAUGAAGUGGAUGAGGAGCAUGACACAGACUGAUUUGUUGGUCGCAGUAAUAUCUGAUGCAUUCUCUCACAUGGAGCGCACCCAGAUCCCAACCCCACCACCAACCACGCUACAGUCCCUCCAACUCGUUGAGCUUGCGUUGUAGGUACUUCUUUACUUCCUCGAUCCCAUUCAGCUUCUCCAGGUCAUGGUAUGGCAGCUGUUCAGCCCCAGCGGUGAAGUGAACACAGUAGAGGUUAUUGUGAAAAUGCUCCAUUAUAAAUCCACGUUAAGCAUGAACAGAUAUCAGAAUGUAUUUACACUGGAGGAAUCCAAUGAGCUUUCAAGCUCUUCCUAGAUGUCCAGUAGGUAUUUCUUUGGGAACACGGUAUAUUUAAACUACAUUAUUAUACAUGCAAAACAAUCAACUAUUUCGCAAUGCACGAAGCAUUAAAGUGUAUUUGUAAGCAUUUUCUCAAUACAGUAGAACCUCUGGUCACGAACGCUUCUGACCACGACCAAAUAAAGAGUUCCGACCAAAAAAUGCACAAUUUUUGAAUCUGGUUACGAACACACUCGGGUGGCGAUCAAACACGGCCGCGGCCGAUUUCCCCUUCCGCGACAUUUUUUUUGUAAGCGCCAAAUUUCCUGUUUGUUUACAAACAACAUAAAGCGUAACAGUUAUGUAUAUAACUUUGGUUAUAUACAAUUCCUAGUAAGAUAUUAAUUUUGUGAGUGGUCAUACCCCUCCCCCCUCAUUCAAGCCGUAAUUUAGAGAGCGAAAGCGCUGAGUACAUAAAUCGCUAACAUAAGAACCCGUUAAUCUCUUCUCGCAUCAUUCAUACGGUGAAGUAAACGUUCAUACGAUAUUACGGUGAAUGCUUCCAAAAACAAUACUGUACCCAAAUAUUACUGUUAACUUACUUUCAAUAUAAACAUUCAUUGCUCAUACGAAUAUUCUCUCUCUCUCUCAGAAUCGACCGACUGAUGUAGCAGACGAAACAAUCAUCUUGUUGAAAGAUUCUAAACCUUGACGCGGCAAUGCUAAUUUUCUGUUGUUCAAGGUUUUCUCAGUGUUAUUCAAUGUUUUUACAUUUAGUUGACUAUUACACUAUGAAUUCUAUGGCAUAAUUAACUAUUUGUGCUUAAAAAUCUUUAAAAAACAAUAUAUACAGUUCGUAGGAGUCUGGAACGGAUUAAUCGUAUUUACAUACAAUCCAAUGGGGAAAUUAGGUUCGAGUCACGACCAAAUCGGGUUGCGACCAAAGUUAUGGAACGAAUUAUGGUCGUGACCAGAGGUUCUACUGUAGCAAGGGUUUUACAUUGUCCAGCCCACAAAUGGCCAAUCCAUUGUAUUAUCAGCAAAUCGAUGUCUGAAAUAAAGUCCUAUUUACAAACAUUAAGACACCCUUGCUAAAGCCAAGUCGAAGCAUGUGUGUGCAUGUGAGGAAAGUAAUCCCGAAGUCAUGGACUGUACCUGCACA